AUGGCCGUCUACCCGCUGCAGGUGGCGGGGCUGGCGCUGGGCGUGCUGGGCCUGGCCGGGGCGCUGGCCACCACGCUGCUGCCUCAGUGGCGCGUGUCUGCCUUCGUGGGCAGCAACAUCGUGGUCCUGGAGAGGAUCUGGGAGGGGCUGUGGAUGAGCUGCGUGCGGCAGGCGUGGGCCACGCUGCAGUGCAAGCCCUACAGCUCGCUGCUGGCCCUGCCGCCCGUGCUGGAGGCCGCCCGGGCCCUCACGUGCACGGCCGUGGCCCUGGCCCUGGUGGCGCUGCCCGUGGGCGCCUGCGGGCUGCGGCAGGUCCGGUGCGCGGGCUCCGGCCCCAGGGCCCGGGCGUGCCUGGCGGGGGCGGCCGGGGCGCUGCUGCUCCUCGCCGGCCUCCUGGUCCUCGUCCCCGUGUCCUGGACGGCCCACCGCGUCAUCCGGGACUUCCACGACCCCGCGGUGCACGUGGGCCGGAAGCGGGAGCUGGGGGCCGCGCUGUUCGUGGGCUGGGCCAGCGCCGCGGUGCUCCUGGCCGGGGGCGGCCUGCUCUGCGGGUCCUGCUGCUGCAGCUGGAGGAAGCGGGGGCCCCCGUGCCCGGCCCCCCGGGACCGGCCGCCACGUGGGGGGCCUCACGGGGGGCCACACGGGGCCCCGGCCGCCCCCCAGAAGCCCUUCACCAGCUACGUCUAG